UCGCUCGUGCUACUACUCCGAUUCACAACGAGCUGACGUCUCGCGGGCCGGAGCAGCUAUAUUACAGUAAAAAACGUCCAAGAAUCAUUCGAAAACACCACGACAAGCCCCUCUCUGCCGAGACGAAGGGAUGGACUUCCCUGUGGAUGUGCUGGAAGCCACGAAUCACGGGGAGCUAGAGCGCUCGGCUCGUAGCUACAUGAAUGAGCUGCUUUACACUGACCCUGACCACGCCCACAACUUCACACUGCCCAGUGGGAAGAAGGUUCAGCUCAGCCUGUCCAGUGUGGGCUUUGUUCCUCUGUAUGGAGCCAAUCUCCAGCACAAAGUCCUGGCUCUGUUCACCCCACAGGACCAGCUCACAGCCGUGGCUUUGUUUUUGGCCAAUCAGUGGCACUCUGUGGAAGAUAUCCUCAAAACAGCAAACUCCAGGCGAGAAGGCCUUGUCAAGGUGAGGUCUGUGGGCGAGCGGAUCGUCCUGUAUGUGUUGAACCGCCUUGUUUACCGCACUUGCGAGAUGGGAAAUGGAGAGAUGCCCUUCCUGUGCCACAGUGAAAACGACUACGCCAAAAUCCUCUGGAAGAAUGGCCAAGCUGUGGGCUUCUACUCGGUCAAACCAAAAGGUAGCGUUUGUAAUAACUUUUUGAGGCAGUGCUACUCCCUUCCUGUCAUGGACACCAUAUUUGUGAGGAAAGCUCACCGGGGAAAAGGCUAUGGGCUGCAGAUGCUGGAGGAUUUUGUGGAUUCUUUUAACGAGGAUGAACUUGGCCUGAAGUACCCUUUGUCUCCAGCUAUGGCAAAUGUGUGUAGGCAUUAUCUGGACCGUUACCCGGCUGAUGUAGACCUGUUCUGGGAGGUCGAGGGUGUCGGUGGCCCCUACCAGAGGACCAGAGUGGCUUAUAAACUCAGCUGUAGACCAUUGAGCGUAGAUAGUCAUAAAGAUGGCCGUGAAGAGGAUCAUGGGCAAAAUGGAGAUAUUGUGGAGGAAUCAGAGGAGACCUGUCUUAACAUCACGGAGGAAGUUAUUGUCGUCAACAAGCAUCGUAAAGUCACCGAAGAGAUAGACACGCCGAUAUCCACACGCACCCGGAGCAGUGAGCACAGGCGGAAGAAGCGCGUUCGGGUCGAUGAGGACGCACAGGGGGUGGAUAGCCAGCCGGAGAAAAUCACCAGGAUGGAGAUGGCAGAAGAAGAGAAGAAGGAAUUCGUCCCCGCUGACGGUGGGGUAGUUGAAUCGGCGCCCGAGGCUCCUACAGAGACACCGGUACCAACUGUGGAAGCGCACGGCAAGCAGGCUGGAGAUCAGGAAGAGGUGAAGGAGGGAGCAGAAGCGGCGGACGAAUCCGCCAUCCUGAACGGCACCGGCAGCGAGGAAGAAGAGGAGAUGGAGGUGGAGGAAGAGGGCGAGGAACACACAGCUCCUGCACAAAAGACUGUGGACACUCCAGAGGAGCCAGCUGCAGAGCAACGGGAAGCAGCUCCUGUGGUUGAGGAUAACCAAGAAAUGGAAGUAGACACUAGAGCUCAUGUGCAACAAAAAGAGGAUGAUGCUCCUGCAGCUGAGGAGGAAAGGGUUGCUGAAAAUGAACAGAAAGAAGUAGAUACACAAGUAGCUCCUGCAGCUGAGGAGAAACAAGAAGUAGCUCCUGCAGCUGAAGAGGAACAGGAAGGAGCUCCUACAGCUGAGAAGAAACAAAAAGUUGCUCCUGCAGCUGAAGAGGAACAAGAAGUAGCUUCAGCAGCUGUGGAGAAACUGGAAGUAGCUCCUGUUCCCAAGGAGAAACAAGUAUGUCCUGCAAUUGAGGAGGAAGAAGAAGAAGAAGUAGCUCCUGUAUCUGAUGAGGACCAGGAAGGACCUCCUGCAGCUGAGGAGGACGAGGAAGGACCUUCUGCAGCUGAGGAGAAACAAGACGAAGCUGCUGUAGCUGAAGAGGAACAGGAAGCUGCGCCUUCAGUUAAGGGGGAACUGGAAGUAGCUCCUGAAAUGGAGAAACAUGAAACAUCUGCUGCUGCCGAAGAGGAACAGGAAGUAGCUCCGGAAACUGAGGAUAAUGAAGUAGCUCCUAAAGUGGAGAAUCAGGAAGUAGAUUCUCCCGCCGAGGAAACUUCAUCUUCACUUUCCACUGAUGCUGAGGGAGACCAAGGACAGGAGGAGGCUAUGGAUGUAGCGAAUGAUAUUGAUGAAGUGACUGACACAUCUGAACAAUCUUCUAAGGAAGAGGAGCCUUCUGGAGAGGAAGACCACGACACGCCGACGGUGGAGGAGGAGGAGGAGGAGGAGGAGGAGGCGGCUCAAAAGGAGGAUGAGAUGGAUGAAGACGGAGAGGAAACGAAUGUAAACGAAGCUUCUGAUUUUUCAAGGGUUCUUCGGGGAGCCAGAGCCAAAGCGGUGACUCCAACCUCCAAACGCACCUCCAAGAAACCGAGCAAGAUGACGACGGUGGAGGACGAAGAGGAAGAACAGGGAGAGGUGAAGGCGGUCGAAGACGACAAGGGAACGAGCACGGAGGAAGAGAAGGUGACGACGGAGGACGAGGCAGAGCACAGUUCAGAGGAAGAGGAGCAAGUACGGGAUCCACCGGCGAUCGACAAGAGGGUGUUGAGGGGGAAAAUCAAAGUGAUCCAGACCACGCAGAGAACCAGAUCCAAGCGACGUGGCAAGAUGUGAACACACACCACACACACACACACACACACACACACACACACACACACACACACACACACUCGCUCACUGAAUCUCCCUUAACAUGCACACAUUUUAAUAACACACAUUAGUUAUUUCAAAUGAAAGGUUACAGUAAACAAAACAGCACCGAACAGCCACUAGUGAGGUUUAAAGCCUGAGUGUGUGUGUGUGUGUGUGUGUGUGUGUGCAAAUGUGUGCAUGUAUACAGUCUGUAUAAACACACACACACACACACACACACACACACACACAAAUGAGCUUAAACCUGAUUCGCAGGGUUUUAUAGUGCUGGAUUUUUAUACUGAGGUUCGGGGUUUCAGUGAUUCAUUAACUGUUCUUCUAACUGUAACUAAGGCCUUUUGUUAGCUCACUUUUUAUUACCGAAACACAAAAAAAAAAGAAGAUAUUUUGUAUAAAAUAUUUCAGAUCUUCCUGUCCUUCCUAUACAAAACAUUCACUAUUAAACCCAAUUGAGCCAUUAUGAUUAACGCUCUGUACGACUGAUGCCUUUGUUUCAAUACUGUUUUUUUUUUUUUUUUUUGGUUUGUUUGUUUGUUUGUUUUUUUAUUUUAAAUAAUGCCCUCGUCCCAUCGUCUUGGCAAACUCCCCUUCGCCAAGGUUGGAGCUUGCAUAGUCAGGAUUAUGGUACAGCGAACGUCAUGACCUUGAAAAUAUUACGGCUUCAGUCAGAAUAACUGAUUUGUCGGUUCGAUUCGCAGUGACGCGUCGGUCUAAGGGGACUAGACCUGGACGAAUGAAGCACUUGCGAAUGUUUUGGGUUUUGACUGGAAAUGAGAGUAUGAAGGAUUUAAAAAUAAAUAAAUAAAUAAAUAUAGAUGUUACUUAAGGGCGCACGGUGGAUUAGCGGUUAGCGCGUUCGCCUCACACCUCCAGGGUCCAGAUUCCCACCGUGGCCCUGUGUGUGCGGGGGUUUCCUCCGGGUACUCCGGUUUCCUCCCCCAGUCCAAAGACAUGCAUGGUAGGCUGAUUGGCGUGUCCAAAGUGUCCGUAGUGUAUGAAUGGGUGUGUGAGUGUGUAUGUGAGUGUGCCCUGCGAUGGACUGGCACCCUGUCCAGGGUGUACCCCGCCUUGUGCCCCAUGCUCCCUGGGAUAGAUUCCAGGUUCCCCGUGACCCUGAAAAGGAUAAAGUGGUAUAGAAGAUGGAUGGAGGGAGAUGUUACUUAAGUUCUGUAUCGGUUUAUCAAUGGCCUUAAUGUGAUUAAAAAAAAAUAAAUUUUUUGUUAUUUUGCUGCAUCAUAUAACAAUACAAGUCAUUUUUUAACCCUUAGAUUAGUAAAAGCACAUUUUAGGUCAUAUUUUAGCUUCUAUAUUCUAUCUUCUUGUGAAUUUAUUUGUUUGUUGAUUUCUCUAACUUGCGUUUACCACUUGAGGGAGCGCUAAGGGUAAAACACACACACACACACACACACACACACUCUCACUCACUCCUGAUGGAUUUUCCUACACGUACCCAGCUGGCAUUUAUAGUAGAAACUAUUCUCAGGCGUCCCAGUGUGUCUGUAUGAGCCUUGUUUUGGGUUUACUGUACCUCUCACCUGUGUCGGAUCUAUGAUUACGGUUACUGCACUCACGACGAACUGUUGUACGCGUCUAAAAAUCCAUUCCGAUUUCCAACAUUGUACACAAGUAAACAUUUCAAGCCCGAUGCCCUUUUUAUUGUGAAUCUAUAUUUUUUGUGAAUUCCUUCUAUUUUGCUAUUUGUUCCAAAUAUUACCCGACCAUGUUUUACUGAUUUUGUCCGAAUAAAUCGUGAUCUUUACAUACGUGAGAUUCCGGCGUUUAUUCUGUUAUUCGGGUUUCUUGGAUCCUUAUUCGUCCUGCCUUUAUUUCAUUUUAAGUAGCGGUAUUUCAAUUCGAUUCUGAUUGACCAUGUUGACGUAAACAUCUGGCUGCAUAAUGCUCACUUAUCGGUGUAUCAAUCACAUUAUUUAUCAUUUGGAUCCAGUGGUGCUUGAAAGUUUGUUCGAAUUUUCUAUAUAUCUGCAUCAGUAUGACCUAAAACUAGGACCUAAACGUCUUAAAAGUAGACCAAGAGAACCCAAGGAAACAACUAAGACCGAAUAUUAUACUUGGUCGUUUAUUUAUUGAGGAAAAUAAUCCAACAUUACAGAUCUGUGAGGGGCCCGUCCCCAAAAAAUCUAAAUUCACCAACCAGGGUUUUCAUGUUGCUAUAUUUUCAGCUUCAAUAAUUUAAAAAAAAACAACAACCCCAUUUUGACCUGAUUAUACAUAUAUAUAUAUAUUUUUAUUUACUUUAGUACUUAUUUUAUUCUUUAUUUUUUUUCAUAAUCACGUUAGACGGCUAGUUACAACUGUCUGAUAGCAAGCGAACACAGCGUUCGACGAAGAAAGAUUACUCGCGUAUUAAAACGAUGACCGAGCGACCGUUCAGAGAUGAACGCUUAUUCAAUGUCAAUAAAUCAGGUGUACCAAACAAUCAUAAAUCCAAGAAGACUGACAUCUUCCCAUCAUGGUGAGGUGAAAACGAGGAUCUGCUCGGCCAGUGUCACGCGGGUGCUGUCUGUAAAUUCCUUCAGAGAACAGUGUGUGGUGCACUUGAGCGGGUUUCAGGCUAAAUGAAUCUAAUUUGGAUUACUUAUGAAAUUGGAACAAAUAACUGAUCAUAUUUCUGCUUCUAAUAUUCUGGUUUUAAUGAAACACCAGGGACCCCCUAAUCCCACCAAGUAAAUUUUUUUUAGGGCUUUAAUGGGGGUCUCUUUACGCUUAUGGGGGGUCCGGGACCUCUCCAGCCCUCCUUCAGUUC